AUGCAGCACUUCCGGCGGAUCUCUCGCGCGCCGCUGCACCCGUGCCGCAAGCUCUCCCUCUACUACAUCCUGCCGAUGCGCUGGCUGCUCCUGACCCUCUCCCUCAUCACCGUCUUCGGCGUCCCAUUCAUGGCCGUUCCAAUCAAGGGCGUCUCGGGCACCUUCUCAGACCCGAUGCAUGAGACGCACCCGCUGCUCAAGGGAAACACGCGGCUGCUCGCGCAGUACCAGUGGCUCUGCUUCAUGACCAUCUUUUUGGUCGUCGUCAUCAACGCCACCCUGUACGAGUGGCGCAAGCCGUGGCGCAUCCUCUUCGUCGCGAUCUUCGUCAUGUUUGGCCAAAUCUACCUCCUGUUCACUUGCUGGCCCAAAAUCUCUCUCGCCGGCUGCGCACUCACCCCCUCGGCCAAAGCCUCGACCGUCCUCUCGUCGCGUACCAAGGGGGGCUUGAACCUGCGGCUGCCCUCCAAGAUGGACCUCGAGGCCCUCGCGCGCCAGAUGGGCCAGAUGGGCGUCUCCACGGUCGGCAUCUUCGGCGCGGAUUUCGCCACCGCGGGCGCCGCCUCGGAGAAGAAGACUUCCGACCACGUCGACGCCGAGUCCAUCUCGAAGGCUGCCGCGGCGUUGGCGGACCACAACCACUCUCAGCGCACGCGCGGCGUCGACGACGACGACCUCCUUGCUGCGAUGGGAGGCGACGGGGCCGGUGCAAACGGCACAGCGAGCGGCGCGGGUGCGGCAGCGGGCGAGCUGGCGGUGCAGACUACUUCGGACGGGCGCGGCGGCGAGGACGACCGUCCCGCGUGGCUCCGCUGGAUGCAGGGCGGCGGGGGCAACUACCAGGCGCUCCAGUCUCCGCGCCGUUCGCAGCAGCCCCCGCCCACUCCAACGCCGCCGAACGCGCCCACGGUCACGACUCUGCUUUGAGGCGGGGCGCGUCCGCGAACACAGGGAGGGCGCUCGGCCGACAGCGAGAGUGACACCAAGCACCUUCUUUGAGUAUUCCGCCGGCAGAGGUGGUUCCUGAUGGCUCUAACAGCUUGCGCGCGAGUUAGCGGCGAUAGGGGGGGGGGGAGGGGUCUAGCGGUGCACCAUGCUUUGCGGGAUGUCGAUGAGCUGGGGCGAGAGGCUGCUCGAUCGGCGAUGAGGUCUUGCGCAUCCUGUCGCAGUGGCUUCAACCGCGGCGCCUCGAGACGCUCUCUUGAGCCUCGACGCCGAUUCCAGUGCGCUGUGAUUGUGGCGCGAGGUGUCGUCGUGUCGAGUCAGUGAGACUGGCAGACUCGAGACCGUCCGGUCGACAGAAUGCGAAUCCGAAUGGCACGGUCUGCCGAGCCCCGACGUCUCGCAAAGGAAGCAAGUUUAAAACGCGUUCACAUGUCACGUCUCGCAGUCACUGUGCAUUACGUCGAUUUUUAGUAAACUUUG